AUGAAACCUCACCGCCUGAUUCCUGACAUCAAAACUCCCGUGUAUUGGUCUCCUGGACGUCCACCAGAUGGUGCUACAGGACUGAGACAGGAUUUUACAGCCUGCCCGGUGGAAGAAAGCACCAGGUGGCAAAAAGAAUAUCUGAUCUCAAAGGUGGCCGGGAGCACAGUGACCCUGCACUGUAAAAACAACACAUUCGACACGCUCAACGUCCUGACCUGGACAAUGAAUGGAAAGAGACUGUUUAGCUUCUCACCGAAAAAAGAGAACACCACAACAGAAAGUGAAGACGCUAUCAGACUGAAUAUAAAAAUGUCCGAUUUCAAGAGCUUCUGCAGUCUUGUUAUUGAGAAGGCCCAGAAGUACCACACUGGAAACUACACAUGCGAGACAACCACAAAUUCAGGAGUCUGGCAACAGGAUACGGAGCUUGUGAUUACAGAUGAAGAAGCAGAAUAUGAUUAUAGACUGAUCACUGUAGCAGCCGCUGUUCCCUGCGUUUGUUUGAUUAUCUUUAUAGUGGUUUUUGUCAUUCUGAGACGAGCCCGGAGACAACCAGAAUGCAGGAUCCAGUCUCCCCCAUCUGAAAUGCAGCAGCAGCAGCCGCGACGUCAGCAGCAACGAACUGAGGAAAUCUAUGAAAACUGCCUGGAAAUUCAGAGACACGCUCUGGCCCACGCUCACAAACGCAGCGCCCACUGAUUCCCAAAUUUAAACCGCUUCCUUAAUUAAUACACACCACACAACAUAGAUCAUGCAGCAUCUAACGGUCAGUGUCUUUAAGCAAAUUUAUGCUAAACAUCCCUUGCACCAAUAAAAAAAAAAAAGAAAUGAUUAACUGAAUGUUUGUGUGAGGGGAGUGAAACUCUUGUGUGACACUGUAUGGCAUCUUUGGAGCUAAAAGUAUAAAAACCACAUGAGUGACGCUUAAAAAAAAACAUUCUUUGGUGUAUACCCAUAAAGAUGCCCAAGAUUAAAAACAACCAUGACUCACACAAUAAAUGCAGCUCUUAGUUGCUAGGUCGAUGGAUUGAGGUAAGUGAAAGGCCUUAUUUUAAAUGUUCGAAUUUGAUACAGACAGGUAAAUUUUAAGAUAGAGAAGUGAAUAUAAAGACAAACUUACUUAAAUGUUUUAUUCUAUUCAACACGUGAAUUGAUUCACGAGAAACAAGAGAAAAUGGAUGAACUAUAGGCAGCAGAGGCGUUCACACUUUUAAGUUCAGGAUUAGUCAGUAUUAACUGUUUCCUGUAAACAUUUAAAAAUGUUCCACCCCAACACUGAUGACAUGCUGUAAAUAGCUUUGGGCCAAGACCGACACCAAACGUCCACGCCUGCAGACAUUUUUUUCCUUUGGUUGUAGCUUUACUUUUCAAAGGCUGUUGUUAGGAAUAACAAAAAUGAUAAACUUGUACAUAUAAAGGGAGAGAAAAAAAGAAAAACAGUAGUGUCUUAAAAUGUCCAAGAAAAACACAAAAUACAACUAAAUGUACAAGAAAACUGUUCAAACGUUUAAUACAUUAAACUUAUACAUACAAAACAGACAAUUGAACUUUUAUUGUCUUAAUUCCCCCUUUAAAUAAUUCUCCCGGGUGCCAAUGUGUGACUUGCUGGCUUUUUGCUAAUCUCAGAUCUGUCAUCAAGGAGAUCCGAGUUCUUUUCUGUAGUCUAAUUUUGACCUUUGAUUUGACCGAUGUAUUUUUCUUAAUCCUUUUGUGCUUUUUGCUGACUCUAUGCUUAGUCUACCCAAAACAGACUUUGUGACAGUAAGCAGAAGACAGCAGCUAUAAUGUGAGAAGGUGUGGUAGCGCUGUUUGAACUUGAGACAACUAUAAACAGCAGACUAAGCAAAUAAAGAUGUGAAAUGUGCAGACUUGAGUGGAGCUCAAUUCACCUGGGCAACUUUAACUGGACCACUGACUUUCUGCUUCACCUAACCGUCGUUGUAAAUGCAAGUACGAUGGGGCACCCAAUGACACUUUUAAAAUAAAUUUUAGAUUAGUAGUGAAAGAAUACAAAAAAUGCAACACAUGAAUAAAAUAAUUACAAAGCUAAAUUUCUUUAGAGGCUCCUUAAACAAGAUUAGACCAUCUUUAAAAAACAUGGAAAAGUAUUUAGAAGAAACAAUGAAAAUAUGGUUUAAUCAAACACAAAUACACAUAGCACAAAUAAAAAUGAAUAUACAGUGAGUAAAAAACAAUAAAAAAAAUAAAUAAUCAUGUCAAUCUCAGGAUUCACUUAGGAUUAUGGUCUAUGGGAGCCUGUUGGUGAAAAGUUUAACGAAAAUUCCCUGAUUAAAAUAUCUUCAAUUAAAUAAUUUAAAUCCAAAUUAGGUGAAUGGCAGCCUAUGGCUAGUGUUAAAUACUAUGUAAGGUGUGUGCUUUCAAAGCCAUUUUGAUUUUUUUUUUCAAAGUGCCUAAAAACAUACGGCGUAACAUGGUUAUUCUUUUGAAACAGUGUUGAACAUGUUAGGGAAACUUUAUUCAGUACCUUUAUUCACGACCAGCAUAUGAUGCGCUUAAAAAAAAAAACUCUUCAUAGAAAACCGUAUCUGUCACUACCUUAAUCAUUUCAAUGCGGAUGUGCAUUUUUAACAGUUGUACCUUAAUGCUAGUGAUAUAUUAAUGCUGUUAUAUGGAAAACACAAGCAGCAGGGCAAAAUGCCCUUAAACUUCCUCACAGAGAAAAAGCCCCAUCACAAUGUUGGGUACACCUGACCUUCUCUUUAGAAUAUCGGUGAAUCCUCAGUCGCUGACUGGGUUUUCUGCAACAGAUCUCAGGUUCAUGCCUGUCAGAGUGGGUGGUUUUCUGGUGAGCCGCCUUCAUUUGAUGGGACCUCCUGCCGAUUCCAUAGGUCCAACAAUCGUCGUUUGCAAGAUGGGUAAUAUUUCCACACAAGUACCAGAAGAUUUAUGGCAAGCAGAAUACCAAACAAGACCCAACCAGCCUUGCAGCAGCUUCCUGAGUGUAAGUGCACAUACAGAUAGGCAGUUUGGCUUCCAUAUCGGUUUUUUGCUUCACACUCAAAAAGGCCUUGAAGAUCAGAUUUUUUCUUCAGAAACGACAAUGUUGCACCCUCUGCACUGACUGGCUUGGACAAGGAAAGUUCUUUUCUCAAGCUGUUCGGACUACUGUGCUUUCUCCAGGUUAUGCUGGCACUGGGGUUUGCUUCGGAAAUGCACUCAAAGUCGUCGGAUCUUUCAGAAAUUAAGGUAUUCAAUGGUGGGAAGUUUAUCUGCAGCGUUAAGGGCAGGACCAAUUCCUCCCUCAAAGCCUCCGAGGUGACGAUGCAACGGACGGGGCGGGCGGUGAUGUUCUGGGUGGGUAUUCCGAAAAGCGAGCUAACUGUAGUGACCGUCCCGUUCUCGUGGGGGGUCGUACUGUUGGUAAAUCUCAGUGUUUCCUGAAUGUUGGUGGUGUCCCACCUCACCAGGGCGCGGGGCUUAGCGCCUCUGGCCGCGCAGCUCGCAAGGUGAACCUCUUCAUCUCCCUCAAAUAUUUCUUCAGCUUUCAAGCUCGUGGACGGCGGGACAAACACUGUGAGGGAAACUUCUUUCCUGAGAUUUCCGCUGUUGAAAAAGGUGAAUAUACAGGUGUACGUUCCUUCAUCCAUCAGUGUCACAUUGGACAGCUGCAGCGUUCCAUCUCUUUUGGGAAAAUCCCCAAUGAAUUUAAAUCGAUUAUCUCCUCCGUUCACAUAAUUAUGUUUGGUUGCGGAUUCAAUUACAAAGAAGUUGUCAACCAAGGGCUUCCCCUUGGUCUUCCUCUGCCAUGAAAUCUGCGCAUGGUCCUCGGUGCUCUGACUGAAGUCGCAGGGGAGAAGAGCAGUUCCUCCAAGCAGCACGGCGUCGCUUCUGACGCCUUGUGCGUGUCUGCAUGAGAUGAUCAGGGCGAUAACGAGAGGCAGCCGGUGUAUCAUUGAAAAAGCGCGUGGAAAACCCGAACAAGUGCCGUUAGUUGUUAUAUAUACCCACGUUCUGGCGUGACGUGGCCAUGACGUCAUUUCCGGAAGUUACUCCGCUCAGGUGAUUUGAGCUCUGUGUUCUCUGAGGGGCCCUGCAAACACCAUCCUCAUGUGGAACAGCUGCAUGAAGAACACAGCUGCUCUGUUCAGGCUGAACAUGAUGACCAUCAGACAGCCCGAG